AUGAGCCGGUCGUCGUCGGAAGGAGAUCAGUCCUUGUCAACGAGCCCUUCGCCGAGGUCGGAUCCUAGCGGCGGCCUGUUCGACCCCUUUGACGUGCUCAAUGUGAGCAGCAAUGGCGCGCGUUCGAGUAUGAGUACCGUUGGGCAGUCGCAGAUGAUGUUCCGAACCGCCAUAAUCGAGCAGUGGCCGAGUUUCGCCCUCUCGAGCAGAGCCCAAGACAUCGAGACAUGGCGAACAGCCACCGUCACCCUCGCGCUCCAACACGCCUACCUGGCGUCGGCCAUUAUUUACGCCGGAUCGUCGUACCAGUAUUUCUUCGGCGCAAGGGACCCGGCCUCGAACUUCGUCCGUAUGACCGCGUACAAUGACACCUUGAGACAAGUGCGCAAGGCGAUUGAGGCGUUGGUCGACGAUGGCUGCACUGGCGCCACCCCAGACGCACGCGCAAAGGCAGACACGGUGGUCCUGGCGGUUGCGCUGCUGGCCAUCCACGGUCCACCAGUGGAUAUGCAGGGCAGCACGCUGGUCGGACCGCAGCAGAUGAAGGAUUAUGAGUAUUAUGGCAGCCGGACGUGGGAGCCAACGCAUCUGCACGCGCUGUUGUGCCUGACCAAGCAGAGGGGUGGGCUUCAGCAUGUUGGUAUGCAGUCUCUGGCUGGCAUGAUCCUCACAAUCGAUCUGGUUGACUCGUUGUUGACGCUGAGACAACCGACGUUCCCACUGUUCUUCCCUCCCGGUCCCCUCCUCCAGUCCCUCCGUACAAUAGCACCUCUCCCAGGUACAGUGUGUCAGGGAUUCCGGUUCUUGAGGAACAGACGCCACGGCCAGCGGUUCGUGUCCAUAACCCAGGACGUGCAUGCUCUGCUGAACGCAUAUAGCAUGGUCCUCCAGGAUCCUGCCGUCGGCAUAGACUUCGGGCAAUUAGUCGCGACGUGGCGUCUCCUGCAGCACCAGGCACUCACGGUGGCGACUGGGGGCGACCUCCUCUUCAAUCUCUGUCGGGCAGCGGUCGUGGUCUUUCUGGCUGAAUGCCUCGAGCCGUUGCCCGUUGUUGGCGCCUUCCACCGAAACAGCUCCCGCAGCUUGAUGCUGUUGAUUGACGAGUGCGACAAGCGUGACUGCUGGCUGUCGUGUCCCGACCUACUGCUUUGGGCCAGCAUCCUCGGCGGGUAUGUCAGUCGGGGGUCCGCGCUUCGCCCAUGGUACAUCCAGCAGCUCCGGAGCAGUCCAGUAGCCGUGCAGAAGGAGAGGUGGGGAGAGGUGCUGCGUCUGGGGGACGGAUUCCUCCCCUUCAGGCAUCGACAAGCAGACGGUUGCUUCGGGUUCUGGAGGGAGGCGUGCGAAUGGCUGACUCCAUCCAGCUUCCUUGAUAGUUGA